AUGUUUGAUCCAGAAUUGACAGCAAAUCCAGUGCCUUCUCAACUCGAGCUUCUCAACAACGUGAUUGAGGAAAGCGAGGGGUUGAGUAAAAAGAUGAAUCCUGAGGAGUUGAGGAGCAGGAAAGAAGAGGAAGAAUACAACAAACGAAAACAAUUGGAGGAAGAGAGAGUUUUGAAGGAAAUUUCAUCAUCGUGUCAUCCCGAUCGUUGCUCAUCGUUGAAUACAAAAAUUGAGGUUGUAGAUAAGCUGAUUGGAACAAAGGCGCAGAGAUUAGAUCCCAAAAUAUGGACGGAUACAGAAUUGGAUGAGAUGGAAGAAGACUUUGAGGACGAACGAGAAGUGCCCGACUAUGAUAUUAUCUACCAACAAAAGGUAUCAGCAAUGGAUGCGUAUUUAGGUAUUGACUAUGAGAAAGAUCCUUCAACAUCAAGCAGUGACACUCUAUGUGUCAAUGUACGUCUGCCCAAAACGAAUAAUCUUUCGGAAAUUGAACUCGAUCUUUCAUCAACCACAUUCACUGUUAAAACUGAGCAUUACAAGUUGAUUGCUAAUUUCCCUCACGAGAUUCAAGACAAGGAAGCAAAAGCAAAAUGGAAUUCUAAAACAAAAACGCUUCAAAUAGUGGUUCCUGUUGUGAAAUAG